AUGGCAAGAACAAUGUUGAUUGACAAUGGACUUGCAAAGAACUUCUCGGCUGAAGCUAUCAACCUUGCCUACUACUUAGUGAACAGGUCAAGAGCCAAAAAUUCACUUGACUUCUCAGCCUUUUUCUCCCAGAUAGAACCCAAAAACAUCAAGGAAGCCUUGAAAGAUGCAGAUUGGAUUACAGCCAUGCAAGAGGAGCUGAAUCGGUUUGAGAAAAACACUGACUCUGUGUGUGAAGAAUUUGGAAAACUUAUGGGAAACGAAUUUGAAAUGUGCAUGAUGGGAGAAUUAAACUUCUUCCCGGGUCUUCAAGUAAAACAGUACCCAAAGGGUACUUCCAUUUGUCAGCAAAAAUACAUCAGGAAGCUCUUGAAGAUGUUUAACAUGAAAGCAUCAAAGGUGAUAGACACUCCCAUUGCAACUGCGACUCGACUGGACGUUGAUGAAACCGGAUCUCCUGUGAAUCAAAUAAUGUAUAGAGGCAUUAUUGGGUAUCUCCUCUAUUUCACUGCCAGUCGACAUGAUAUUGUUUUCAGUGUGAGGCUGUGUGCGAGGUUUCAAUCAAAUCCCAAGGAAUCUCACUUGAAGUCUGCCAAAAAAAUACUGAGAUAUCUCAAAGGAACGCAGGACCUGGUGCUAUAUUAUCCAUCAGGUGACAGUUUUAAUUUGAUUGGGUAUGCUGAUGCAGACUAUGCAGGUUAUCUUGUGGACAGAAAAAGCACUUCUAGGAUGGCUCACUUCUUAGGAUCAUGUCUUAUCUCUUGGGGUACAAGGAAGCAAAAUUUAGUGGCUCUUUCAACAGCUAAAGCUGAAUAUGUAGCUGCAACAUCCUAUUGUGCUCAACUUCUAUGGAUCAAGCAGCAACUAGAGGAUUUUUGGGUACUCACUAAGAGUGUUCCCCUUCUAUAUAACAACUCUAGUGCACUCAACAUGGCCAAGAAUCCAGUUCAACAUAAAAGGACAAAACAUAUUGAUAUGAGGCAUCAUUGUCUGAGAGAUAAUGUGGAGAAAGGGUUGAUAUGUAUGAAGUUUUGCAGCACAAAAGAUCAAAUUGCAGACCUUUUCACAAAAGCACUAAGUAGGGAACAUUUUGAAAGAAACAGAGUAAAGCUAGGACUGUUGAGGCCAAAUUAA